GAAGUGAGGAGGAAGAGGAGAAGGGAGGGAAUUCUCCCGGCGGCAGCAGCCUUUCCGCCGCCUUGGCCUCUUCCCUCGGGAUGUUGUCUUUGGAUUUCUUGGACGAUGUUCGGCGGAUGAACAAGCGUCAGUGCCCCCCUCAUCCUUGUCCCCUCGCCCCCUUCCCAGCUGUAUUACCAGGUGCUGAACUUUGGGAUGAUCGUUUCCUCAGCGCUGAUGAUCUGGAAGGGGCUGAUGGUGGCAACGGGCAGCGAGAGCCCCAUCGUGGUCGUACUUAGUGGCAGCAUGGAGCCUGCUUUCCACAGAGGAGACCUCCUCUUCUUAACCAACCGCAUUGAAGAGCCAAUCAGAGUGGGCGAAAUUGUGGUCUUUAGGAUAGAAGGAAGGGAAAUACCAAUAGUGCACCGGGUUUUGAAAAUUCAUGAAAAACAAAAUGGAGACAUCAAGUUUUUGACGAAAGGCGACAACAACGCGGUGGACGACCGAGGCUUGUACCGACAGGGGCAAUACUGGUUGGAGAAGAAGGACGUGGUUGGAAGAGCGAGAGGAUUUGUGCCGUACAUUGGGAUUGUGACCAUCCUAAUGAACGACUACCCCAAAUUCAAGUACACCGUCCUCUUUCUACUGGGCCUGUUUGUGCUGGUCCAUCGAGAAUAGCCUGCUGCCCGGAAGAUGGUGCCGGUUGUGCUGAAGAAGAGCGAGCGAGAAAGAGAGGGGUGUGACGGCAGGUACAUGUCACUUCUUCCUGACCCAAUGGGGCCGGGCUCUUUAGUUUUAUUUUCUACUACAGCUGUGUAACAAGAAAGUUGAUCCCAGUAUUUUGAACAGUUUGUCACAUUUUAAGCCUUUUUGUACAUCGGUGAAUUUUUUAUAUUAAAAGUUUUCAGCCAAA